UGCCGCGAGUUCUCGGUGCGGGCGACAGCGCUGCUGAACAUGGCGUCGGACGGGAUGAUUUUAACGAACCACGACCACCAAAUCCGGGUCGGAGUCCUGACAGUGAGUGACAGCUGUUUUCGGAACCUUGCAGAGGACCGCAGUGGCGUCAACCUCAAAGACCUCGUACACGAUCCCUCCCUGUUGGGGGGGAUGAUCACAGCCUACAAGAUAGUGCCAGAUGAGAUCGAUGAAAUCAAGGAGACUCUGGUGGACUGGUGCGAUGAAAAGGAACUUAACCUCAUCCUAACCACCGGAGGCACAGGCUUCGCCCCGAGAGACGUCACGCCAGAGGCCACUAAAGAGGUGAUAGAGCGCGAGGCUCCUGGGAUGUCUCUGGCGAUGCUGAUGGGUUCUCUCAAUGUCACACCACUAGGCAUGCUUUCCAGACCUGUGUGUGGAAUCCGAGGGAAGACGCUCAUCAUCAACUUACCAGGAAGCAAGAAAGGCUCCCAGGAAUGCUUCCAGUUCAUCCUGCCGGCGCUGCCGCACGCCAUCGACCUCCUGCGCGACGCGAUCGUGAAGGUAAAGGAGGCGGCCGAUGAGCUGGAGGACCUGCCGUCGCCACCGCCGCCCCUCUCGCCGCCGCUCAACAGUUCGCCACGCCGCCAGACGGAGGACAAGGGCGUGCAGUGCGAGGACGAGGACGAGGAGAAGAAGGACAGCGGCGUAGCAUCCACCGAGGACAGCUCCUCCUCCCACAUCACCGCCGCCUCCAUCGCAGCCAAGAUCCCAGACUCCAUUAUCUCGCGGGGUGUGCAGGUGCUGCCCAGGGACACAGCCUCUCUCAGCACCACGCCCUCGGAGUCGCCCCGAGCUCAGGCCACCUCCCGCCUCUCCACGGCGUCCUGUCCCACGCCCAAAGCGCGGCUCCCCUCCUGUUCAUCCACCCUAAGCAUUGCUGAGGCCUCACGGAGAGAAUUCAGGGCUCACCUGGAUGAGGUCAUCACGCUCAAGUCAAGGUACUCUACCUUGGACCAGCUCCAGUGUAGGUUGGAGGGGCUUAAAGAUGAUCGCAGGAGGACCUUCAGCUCUCGAGUGCAGUCACGAUGCAGCAGCAAAGAAAAUAUCCUAAGAUCAAGUCACAGUGCAGUGGACAUCACCAAGGUGGCCCGGAGGCACCGCAUGUCCCCCUUCCCCCUCACCUCCAUGGACAAGGCCUUCAUCACUGUGCUGGAGAUGACCGCCGUCCUGGGCACUGAGAUCAUCAACUACAGAGAUGGGAUGGGUCGAGUCCUGGCUCAGGACGUUUAUGCCAAAGACAACCUGCCCCCCUUCCCUGCCUCUGUCAAGGAUGGUUACGCUGUGAGAGCGGCUGACGGCCCAGGCGACCGCUUCAUCAUCGGCGAGUCCCAAGCUGGAGAGCAGCCCACACACACAGUGAUGCCUGGCCAGGUGAUGAGGGUGACGACAGGCGCCCCUAUCCCCUGCGGGGCCGACGCCGUCGUCCAGGUGGAAGACACCGAGCUCCUCCGUGAAUCUGAAGACGGCACAGAGGAGCUGGAGGUACGAAUCCUAGUACAGGCUCGUCCAGGGCAGGACAUCAGGCCUAUAGGUCACGACAUCAAGCGUGGGGAGUGUGUGCUGGCUAAGGGCACCCACAUGGGCCCGUCCGAAAUCGGCCUCCUGGCCACGGUCGGAGUCACAGAGGUGGAGGUGCAGAAAUUCCCUGUGGUGGCCGUCAUGUCCACAGGAAACGAGCUGUUGAACCCAGAAGAUGACCUUCAUCCUGGGAAGAUCAGGGACAGCAAUCGCUCCACCCUGCUGGCCACCAUCCAGGAGCACGGCUACCCCACUAUCAAUCUGGGCAUCGUGGGAGACAACCCCGAUGACCUUCUCAACGCUCUGAAUGAAGGCAUCAGUCGCGCUGAUGUCAUCAUCACCUCAGGAGGAGUGUCCAUGGGUGAGAAGGACUACCUUAAACAGGUGCUUGAUAUCGAUCUUCAUGCUCAGAUCCACUUUGGACGUGUUUUCAUGAAACCAGGUCUCCCAACAACCUUUGCCACCUUGGACAUGGAUGGUGCUCGCAAACUAAUCUUUGCCCUCCCAGGUAGAAACCCCGUGUCCGCUGUUGUCACCUGUAAUCUUUUUGUCAUCCCUGCCUUAAGGAAGAUGCAGGGCAUUUUGGACCCUAGGCCUACCAUCAUCAAAGCGAGGUUGUCUUGUGAUGUGAAGCUGGACCCUCGCCCUGAAUACCACCGCUGCAUUCUGACAUGGCAUCACCAGGAACCUCUGCCAUGGGCACAGAGCACAGGUACAGACAACUCUCAGUCUCAAGCAGGGAAUACGGGGGGAAAAGAACGGAAACUAGGGAACCAGGUGAGCAGCCGACUGAUGAGUAUGCGCAGUGCUAACGGGCUCCUGAUGCUACCUCCGAAAACAGAGCAAUACGUGGAGCUGCACAAGGGCGAGGUGGUCGACGUCAUGGUCAUCGGCCGGCUAUGAUGUCAUCACGGAGGGACGGCGAGUCGGCAUCAUAUAGCGAGGGUUGGAAUGGGUGGUUCACGGUGCAUGUCCACAUAUCAUUGACUAUUCUGUAAUAUGCAACGGCACAGCUAGUUUUUAUUGAUUUGGAUAACGUUGAGGUAUAGUCAACAUCUUGAUCACAACCUAGAUACAUAUGAAAAAAUCAAUUUAAAAAGAUUAUAGUAUUUCAAACAAAGAAAAAUAUAACUUUUAAUGAAAAAAUCAAAUUAUAAAAAGAGAUUUAUUCUGUAAUAUAUUAUUAUGAUUAUUCUUAUUAUUAUUAUCAUUAUUCUUCUUAUUAUCAUUAUUAUAUUAAGGCAACUUUGUUCCUUUCAUUGCAAUUGCUUUGUGUGUUCAAUGCUAGACCUUAUCUAUAGCAGUAGCAUUUUAAUAGACAGCUGUAGGUGCCUGCCAGGACAAAAAAAGAGAAUUUUUAUUUUCUCAUCUUAGGUGGAAAAAAAAUAAUCAGUUUUUGAAAAUGAAGAAAACAUUGAGGAGGACUCCAGAUUUCCCAUGGUGCUCAGCAAAGAGGAAGAGGGGGAAAAUCAGAGCCACUUCCUCUUUCGAGCACCCGUCGAGGUGACACUUCUGUUUUUCUCUCAUUAGUAUGCAUCAUAAUGGCUUCACAAAGAGCUUUGCUUGUUGUUUAUCUUGUGAGUCUUGUUUAUGUGCGCAGUGCCAAAUGCCUGGGCAGGGAAGGUGAUGUUGGGAGAGGGAGAUGGGGGGGGGGACGCCCCAGUCUGCCCAGACCCUGAAGCUUCCUUAUAUUCACGGUGACCGGGUAUAAACUCCGCCCCAGACCCCCCCCAGGGGCGAGUGGAGCCUGGGAAAAAUAAUCUUUUAUUUGAUCAACUAUUUAAGAAAUAAAAAAAGAGAGAAAAGAAACAGCUUCUUUAAGUGCUGAAAGCCUUUUUAACCAACUUCACAAAAAAUGUACAGAAAAAAAAAUAAGAACCAUAUUGUACAGAUAUAUGUGACCAGCACUCCUAAGGAAAUUAUUAAGCAAUGAGGAGACAUUGAACAACGCUGUACUAUAACAUUUUCUGUAAUGAAAUGAAACUGAUGAAAGAGACUAAGAUAAUAAAAAUCCUUGAUGAUUAUGUAAAAAAAAAA